AUGGAUAUUCUCAAAGUCUUGUCCCGCGGUACGAAAAAGGUCACAAACAACAAGCAGCUUGGAGCCAAGCCUGCAGCUCAGUUGCCAUCCGCUGGAGCCAAGCCUCACCCUCAGCUCUUCCACGACGAGGUGCGCGGCCAGAAGAGGAAGCGAAAAGUCGGAGAUGAGCCCGAGGAGAAGAACGAAUCAGACCUCCCCGAAGUCGAUUUUUUCGCGCCGAAGCCAGAGUCCGGGUCGAAGCCUGGCAACGAGAAGAAGCAAAUGGCCGAGCAGACGCCGACGACCACUACGCCCGCUCAAGUCGCGAAACUCUUGACGGAAGACCAAUGCCGGCAGCUGCUCAAGUCGCAUCGAUUGAAGAUUACUCUUCUGUCAAAGGUGGAGGACCAGUCCAGGGUCAAGAAGUCCAAAAAGAAGAAGAAGAAGGUUGCCGUUGAGCCAAAGAAGGAGGACAAGAAGCAGCUGUUCCCGCAGGUCCUGGAGAGCUUUGGUGAGCUGCGGACGUCGUAUGGCAUCUCGAGGAGAGUCGCCGAGAAUCUGUUGGUUCAAGGAUACCGGGAGCCCACCGAGGUACAAAUGGGUAGUUUGCCAUUGCUGCUUCGCCCAGACCUGGCCCUGCCUGACGAGGGCGGCCUGGAGCACGGGGUGGACUUCCUGGCGGUGGCUCCUACGGGAAGUGGCAAGACGAUCAGCUUCAUGAUCCCCGCCAUCAACAACAUCAUGCGCCGGAGGUCGGAAGAAAAGUUGAACAGCAUUCAUGAGCUCGAGGCUAUCAUUAUUGCUCCGACUCGGGAGCUCGCCUACCAGAUCGUGAAUGAAGGUCGCAAGAUUCUGCAGGGCACUUCGCUCCGAAUCGUGGCGAUGAAGAAAGGCAUGGCCGUUGCCGCUGAUCAGCAGGAGAUAUCUGAGGACGGCUCUGAUGAAAGCGGGAGCGAGCAGGAGCCAGACUCCGAGGAGGAGAGGAAGUACGAAAAGACUAAGCGUGGGACACCGACGAAAGCCGACAUCUUGGUAACGACACCGCUCCUUCUUCUGAACUUCCUAAACUCGGGAUCUUCCCAAGCUCAAAAGGUGUUGCCGACAGUGAGGGAUCUUAUUCUCGACGAGGCAGAUGUGCUUCUCGACCCGCUAUUCAGGGAGCAGACGCUGGGGCUCUGGACGGCAUGCACAAGACCAGAGCUGCGUGUCUCAUUCUGGUCAGCUACUAUGGGAUCGAAUAUCGAAUCGCUGGUCACGGAAAGACUACAGCAACGUACGGAGUCACUGGGCACCAACCCGAAGCCAUUCGUGCGAUUGGUCGUCGGCUUGAAAGACACAGCCGUCCCCAACAUCACCCACAAGCUCACAUACACGGCAAGCGAACAAGGAAAACUCCUGGCUCUCCGUCAACUACUCCGCCCAUCAUCCAGAGACGAGUCUGGGCCACCCCUGAGACCUCCGUUCCUGGUCUUCACACAGACUAUCGACCGAGCCACGGCGCUGCAUGAGGAACUCAAAUAUGAUAUCCCGCUCGAGGCUGGCGGCUCUACUAGGAUUGCUGCUCUUCACAGCGGACUGGCAGACUCGGCCAGGGCCACCAUCAUGCGCAAGUUCCGGGCGGGAGAUAUCUGGGUCCUGAUCACCACAGAUGUCCUCGCCCGAGGUGUUGACUUUGCCGGUGUGAAUGGCGUCGUGAACUACGACGUCCCUGGCUCGAGCGCGGCGUACGUGCACCGUGUCGGCCGCACAGGUCGGGCUGGGCGCGAGGGAGGCGUGGCCGUGACCUUCUACACCAAAGAGGACAUCCCCUUUGUGAAGAUGGUCGCCAACGUUAUCGCUGCGAGCGAGAAGCAGGCCGGGAAGACGGGGGAUGACGCCGGGGUCCAGAAGUGGCUUCUGGAUGCCCUGCCUAACGUGGCAAAGGCCGACAGGAAGAAGCUCAAGGAGCGUGGUGUCGAGGCUCGUCGGACUGGAGGUGGAACCCAGGCCAAGAUCACCUCACGGAGUGGCUUCGAGCGCCGCAAGGAGAAUAAUAAACGUGGUGCUAUUGCUGCAAGCAAGAAGAGAAGGGAUGAGCCCAGCGAUGAUAGCGGUGAUGAGGACGAAUGGGGCGGUCUCGAUGAUUAG